GUACUUUUAUUUUGAUUCUUUCGCUUGAUGUGUGAUAAACGCGCACUCGUACCACCGCCGCUCAAUUGCUAUGUGAUGGCUCAUGUGAUCAGAAUACAUAUUACGGAUGGCCGGCAUCCUGAUGAUAAAUUUCAACUACAACAAUUCUUAUUACGUUUGUGAAGUACAGAAUUGUUUCAAUUGUGCGAUUAAAAGACAUGCUGCUAAAAUGAGGCGCGUCUACAAUAUUCGUAGUGGUGUCUACUCGUACAACGGUGAUUUUUUACCUUCCGUACUUUAUUGAUGUCUUCGCAAGCACAUUGACUGGGUUGCGGUCAGUCGGCUGUUGGCCAAGUGCCAUAAACAAAAAUUUAAAUAAUACAAAAGAGGAUUGUUAGCUGACAAUACAUACAAACAAACAUACACACGUGUGUCGGUUCGCGCGCGCGUAUGGAAAUGUCAUUUCGGAGAAUUACACAUAGCUCAGAUGCCUAGGUGUGCGCCAAUAGAUUGUGUGGAUCCCGAAGACGACGUGAAUAAGCAGCACUAGCCAAGCCAAAUACGGAAUGAAAUGUGUUGAAGUUUAUAAAAAUUUUCUGAAUGUUCACAAUACAUGCAGAUAAAUAUUUAAAGUGUAGAGUAAUAAGAAAAAGAUUAAUAUAUAAUUGCAUUAACGGCGCAUACAAUCAGAUUUAAACCGCAUAAGUGAUUAGUAGUGCUGCACCGCGUCAAUUCCUUAUUACCCACAUAAUACAAUAUAAAUAAGCUGCGACAUUCUGUGCCAGUUGAUAGUCGAGAAGCUGCUGUGAUCUUGAAAAGUACUACUACUACCAGUCGGUUGCUACACUUAAGCAAUAAUCAAUAAACUAAAUAAAUAAAAAAUAAAAUAAAAAACAAACUCAACAUGAAGCUGCUGUUGUUUACAGUGUUGUUUAUACUUUUGGCGAGUGUUGCGGAAAUUUGUUCCGGUUAUUCAUGGCCCUUUGCGAAGGCCAUCAGAGGUUAUCAUCAGGGGGUUGGCGGCUAUUAUUGCGCCGAUCAUGGCUACUACGGCGGCGCAUACAGCGGACAUGGCCAAUAUGGAAAUGAUCAAUAUGGACGCGAUAGGCGUGGCAACAAUCGACGCACGGGACGCACCUUCAGCGAUAUAGCGCGCGUCGCCAAUCCACAUCCAUAUGCAUUUGUGGGUGCGAGACCGUACCCAGGACAACCUUUCAAUCCGCUCGGUUAAGCGGGGAUGUGUUAUUAAGCUGAAAACUAAUAAAUUUUGUCUUGUGAUAUGGAAAUUGUGUAUUGAUAAUAAUAAAGUGCGCUGUGCGUGAUAAUAAAAAUAGUUA